GCUUUAUAUUGUUGUAACUAAAGAAAGAAAAAGAAAACUAAGGUUCAUCAACAGCUUUGAAGAUGACAACGAUGACUGAGAUGAGAGUACAUAUGGAUUGUGCUGGAUGCGAGAGUAAAGUUAGAAAAUCUCUCGAGAAAGUUAAAGGUGUUGAUAAUGUAGAAAUAGAUAUGGCCAUGCAAAAAGUGACAGUAACAGGAUGGGCAGACCAAAAGAAAAUACUCAAAACAGUAAGAAGAACUGGUAAACGAGCUGAGAUAUGGCAGUUUCCUCACAAUCCUGCCAUGAGAAAUAAUAACCCUAAUCAUGUCACUGAUUAUUAUUAUCAGCAGCAAGGUUGUGGUGGCCCGUCCACUUAUUACAGCGGAGAGCCACCAGCCUCCGCCUAUAACUAUCGUAAGCACGGCUAUGAUAACUAUGGCCGUGCUUAUAGUCUUUAUAGGGGCAACUCGAACACGUUUGGUAGUCGUGCUGGUGAUGCAUUUAGUGAUGAGAAUCCCCAUGGUUGUAAAAUUAUGUGA